GUCAGAAGGCCGCGCAAGUGCGCUUGCGACUCACCGUUACCAUAGCGACUGGGCUUCGUGACCACAGAACCUCGCUGCCUUGUCUACCAACGUCUGUGAGCCUCGGCAGCUCCGGAGCCCGGGGUAACUGGCGGCAGGUAAGAAACUAUGUGAAAGAAUCUUCUGAUGUCAUAAUUUCUGGGUGUCACUGGAACAUUUGAUCAUCAUUCCUUUGGCAAUUCCAGUCUUCUAUGGAAAGUCAGUAGAAGCAGACUUAUUCACCUCUACAGGAAUAAGACUUGGCCUAUUUUGGUUUUCAGUGAAUUAUGCCUUUUCGGUUUGGGACCCAGCCAAGGAGGUUUCCAGUUGAAGGAGGAGAUUCUUCAAUUGGGCUGGAACCGGGGCUAAGCUCCGGUGCUGCCUGUAAUGGGAAGGAGAUGUCACCAGCCAGGCAACUCCGAAGAUGCCCUGGAAGUCAUUGCCUGACAAUAACUGAUGUUCCCAUCACUGUCUAUGCAGCAAUGCGAAAGCCACCUGCACAAAGCAGCAAGGAAAUGCAUCCUAAAUAGCAUCAUUAAGUCUUUUGUAGAGGUUUGACUAGGUCAAGGGUAAUGGGCCAGUAUCAUCUUAUGAUCUGGUAAACAAAUAAAAGUGGUGGCACCUUUGGAUGAUGA